CGGUCCUUGCUUCGCACACACACACACACACACACAGCCGACAUCGGACAUAUAUACAUAAACAAAGGGUGGCCAUGGGCAGUACAUUAUACUUGGACUAGCAGCAUACUCAACCCCACUCUUCAAUGUAACUACAGUAACAUCUGUAAUGGUGUGAUGAAAGAGGAAUCAUGAAAGGUGAAACAGAGAGAAGAGGCAGCAGCCACCCAAGAAGUGUGCUGCAUAGGAUCAGCUUGAGUGUUGUGACUGUGCUGGAACAAGCUUUCUACAGAUAUGGAUGUGCCAUUGCACAACGCCCAGCUACAUUUAUUGUCUUAUGUUUGGUUCUAACUGGUAUUUUCUCUGUUGGGUUGAUGAAAUUUACACUGGAAGAAAGACCCUUUAAGCUGUGGAUUCCACAAGAUUCUAAUUUUAUACAUGUAAUGGAAUGGCAGAAGGAAAAUUUUCCUGCUGAGUUCCGUGCCCAUGUUGCUCUUUAUGAAGCUGAGAAUGUUCUCGAUAAAACUGUUUUGUUAGAGAUGCUCAGAGUGCAUGAAGCAGUUAACAAUGCCACUACACCUGAGGCCUCAUGGGCCUCUACUUGUGCCAAAUUGCCUUCUAUCCCAGAUUCUAUAUUUAGUCGUAAAAGAAGAAGUGCAAAUCAUACUGAUAGAAUAGAGAAAGACCUACAGAAGCAGAGGUUUAAAAGAGAUGAGAAUGAGGAAGGAACUGACUGGAGUUUAGUAUUUCCAAGAGUGAUGUAUUGUAACUAUUUAGAAAAUAUCGCUCAGGAAUGUAUGGAACACAGCAUUCUGGAAGUCUGGGGUUACAACAGGGAUUUUAUUAACAGUCUGGAACCAGAGGAGAUUAUAGAAGACAUAAACACUAUAGAAAAGAGUGCAGUUUUUGGGUUUCCAACUAAUUUCACUGAGAUGCUCGGAGGUAUAGAGAGAGACAGCAGAGGAAGAGUCAUAAGAGCAGGAGCCACAAGACAGUUGUGGGUGACUCGCAUUAAUCGCACAGCUGUCAGCAUCGGUGACUUUGUUGAUGACACAGGCACUGGCAUGGAGGUAGAUACUGCUGGCUUUGAUUGGGAGAAAGAAUUCAUCAAGACAGUUUUAAGUGAAACAGAGAGACCAGAUAAUGUAUCUCUAUAUCUUAUGGCAUCCUCAAGCUUUGGAAUGAUCAGUGGGGAUACCAUCCUAGGAGAUGCUCAGUACUUUGCUGUUGGCUUCAUGGUGGUGUUCUUGUAUGUGCAAGUGAUGCUGGGAAGGUUCAACUUGGUUGAACAGCGACCCAUACUCUCGUUGAUGGGACUGAUGUGUGUUGGGAUGUCAAUCUUUGUGUCAUAUGGGAUAUGCUCUUUCUUUGAAGUACCAUUUGGUCCAGUUAACAAUGUUUUACCAUUUUUGCUGUUGGGACUUGGCAUUGAUGACAUGUUUGUCAUUAUGCAAGCUUGGAAUACACUCACACCUCAAGAGAAAACAUUGAGAUUAACAGAAAGGAUUGGGAAAGCACUGAAACAUGCUGGUGUUUCUAUUACUGUAACAUCACUUACAGACUUUGCUGCCUUUGCCAUAGGGAGUGGUACUGUCCUGCCAGCACUGAGAUCUUUCUGCCUAUAUGCAGCAGUUGGCAUUGCUGCAGUCUAUUUCUUCCAGGCCACAUUUUUUGUGGCGUGGUUCAGCCUGGACCAGCGGCGCUUGGAAAACAAUCGACAGGGCAUACUCUGGUGCUGGAAAGUUCAAAACUGGAUGCCAAAUCAGUGUAGUCAGAAAGAAUUGUGCCAAUUAUUUUUCAAUGAUAUUUAUGCUAAAUAUUUACUUAGAUUACCUGUAAAAAUUGUGAUUUUAUUGUCAACUGCUGUUCUCUUGAGCGUGUCUGCAUGGGGCCUGUCAAAUCUUCGGCAGGAUUUCAAUCCUAUCUGGUUCCUUCCUCAGAGUUCUUAUCUUUUUAAGUUUUUCAUGAAGAAUGAAGAGUAUUUUCCAAAUGUUGGGGAGGAAGGGACUCUUUAUUUUGGAAUAAUGAAUAUGACUGCUGAGCUGCCAAAUAUUGAAGCUUUGAUAAAGAAGUUGAAUGAGAGUGAGUAUGUCAGUGAGAUUGAUAGCUGGUAUUUGAAAUACAAGAAAUAUUGGGAAAAACAAGACUACAUUGUACCAGACCCUGAAGAAACAGAGGAAGAUUUCUUAGAUCAGUUGGGCAUGUUCCUUUAUUCCCCAAGUGGUUCCCAAUAUAGGGUAAAAAACUUUUUUUUUGAAAGCCCCUUCAGCUGCACAGAGCCAGCAACACAAGUCUUAGCUUCCAGCAUAGAGUACAAACACCAGGUGAUGUCAGACCCACGGGAGCAGAUUAGGGCCAUGGAUGAUGUCAAGAGCAUAGUGAGGAAUUCUAACAUCAGUGGGUAUGUGCAACCCUUUGCCAGAGCCUAUAGUGGCUGGGAAACCAAUAAGAUAAUUGAAAAAGAGCUAUACCAGAACAUGGGGUUAGCUAUGCUGGUAGUGCUGUUGGUGACACUAGUGCUGAUUGCCAAUGUGGUGGCCAGCAUUAUGGUGUUGGUGUGUGUCAUCUUCACCUUGGUGGAUGUAGCAGCCCUUAUGCACUGGUGGGGCCUGACCAUAGAUACUGUGUCCUGUAUUGAUCUGGUGUUGGCUAUUGGCUUGUGUGUGGACUAUGCAGCCCAUGUUGCCCACACCUUCAUGACCAAGACUGGGAGCAGGGACCAGCGGGUGAGGCAGGCUGUGCAGACCAUUGGCCCAGCUGUUCUCAAUGGAGGCUUCAGCACCUUCCUGGCCUUCAUCUUCCUUGCCAACUCUGACUCGCAUGUCUUCAUCACAUUCUUCAAGAUAUUUUUUGCUGUGGUGUUGUAUGGCUUGUUCCACGGCCUGGUGUUCCUUCCGGUACUGCUGUCACUAGUCGGGCCAGCUGCCUACCCCAAUGCUGGCUCCAGCCUUCAGCACAGUCCUCAUGAGGUUGACGAAUUAUGCUCUCACCCUCCACAACUUUCCAAUCACAUCUAUCAAGAGGUUGUUGAGGAGAAGCGUCUUUAAGACCAAGGGAACUCAUCUUUAGGUGUAAGAGAACCAAGCAGUGGCGGUGAGUCUUAGUUAACCGGUGACAAGGUGCAAUAGUUUGAAUCCAUUCAUUCUUAAGUAAAAUAAUAUUUUAUGUAGAUUUGUAAAUAUUGGGUUUUAGAACAUAUCUGCAGUUUUAUAAGUAUGUAUUAGAUAUGUAUUACAUACUAUGUAUUAGGAAAGGUACUAUAUUUGUGUAUUUUUGUAAGCAUUAGUAAUGCUUCAUUUUAAUGUCAUGUAAAUCUCUAAGUAAAUCGGAGUUGACCUGAGCUUGCUCCUGAUUCAGCCAUAUUUGCAAGGAAAGUAAUCAAAGCUAAAGAAUGUAUUAUUUUUACAUAAAAAGAUCAAGAAUUUUUCCUUUCAAGAAUUAUAAGAAUUACA